GGCCAAGUUGGCUUCUCGAGAGUGAAAUAUCGUGGCCCAAAGGGUCAAUUGUUGUGCCUGACGAACAAUUGGUAAACAAUGAAAUGAGAAAACAUCUCAAUGUGUUUCAAACUGCUACAGGUGAUGAAAAUUUGCAGAACUCUCACCAAUUACUUGAUUUAGAUAAAUAUAGCGAGUUAAGUAAAGUCCAUCGUAUAACAGCAUGGGUGCACAGAUUUAUCCAUAAUUCCAAUUCUUCGUCUGAAAAAUAUCAUGGACCAUUGACUGCCUUUGAAUUAAAGACUGCUGAAANUUGGGUAAAAAAUACUCAAAUGAACUAUUUUCAUAAAGAGAUUUCAGAUUUGUCUCAUCAAAGAGCUAUGAACAAAACAUCGAAUAUUUACUCAUUGUAUCCAGAACUCGAUGAAGAUGGUCUCUUGCGACUAAAGGGCAGGAUACAAUUUGCAGACUGUUUAGAAUCCACUAAACAUCCAUGGAUACUACCGUCCAAGUGUCUCUAUGCAGAACUGGUGAUUCUCAAUGCCCAUGAACAGGUCUUGCACUCGGGAGUAGACUCAACACUAACUCAAGUGCGGGAAAAAUUUUGGAUCAUAAAAGGGAGACAAAGAAUCAAAUCCCUACUUCGUAGAUGUAUCAUUUGCAAAAGAUAUAGUGCUCGUCAUGGAGAACAAGAUGUGGCUCCACUUCCACCAGAUCGCAUUCUGGAAUCACCACCGUUUGCUAUAACGGGAUGUGACUA